UGAUUCAGGACACACAAGUUUUGAGGGAAGAAUUGAGUGAAGAGGAAAAGAGUAAAUUACUGAUAAAGAGUCAUGUUCAAAGCAAAGACUAAAGUGAGGAAGAGGGUGUUAGACAAUUGUUUUGGAAGAUGCAUGCUUGUGUUUUACUGUAUGUAUGAGUAAACAUGUAAUGUGGUGUAAGGCAUCUAAACUCAUCACCUACCACUGAUAACUCCAUCCCUUCUUCUCUUCUCUUAUUAUUCUUCCCCACCUCUCGCCCCAUUCACCAUUCCAUGCCCAUCCACUUCUCUCAGUUUCAGGCCUUUCCUUGUCAUUUCUGGCUUUGCUUUUGCCUUUGCCUUUACAAGGAGCCUCAUUUCUGUGGGUGCAUUUGCAGUUUCGUCAAUUGGCUGCUGUUGUUUCUGGGAAGUGGCCACAUUUUUGGGCUUCCUUAUUUGGCUGCUUUCAUUCUUGUUAAUCGGAGAUCUGGGCUUGUUUAUUUGGUUUGUUUCUUGUAUGAGGAGUGGGUGUGCCGAAUUCAAAGAUCUGAACUUUACACGCUGGAAGGUUCUGAAUAUCUGAAAGUAAAUAAGGAAAAACAGACAUGGCAACUGAUCUCAACGCAGAAUUAUCCCAGAAGACUGCCAUUUUUGGUCUUAAGGUCUGGGAAGUUAUCGGGAUUGUUGUUGCAUUAUUUAUCAUAGUCAUCCUUUCUCUGUUGUCGUUUUGUUUAACUUCCCGGAAGAAAUCCAGAGCUAGAAAUAAGAUUCCCCUUACCCAAAUCCCAUCUGUUUCCAAGGAAAUUAAGGAAGUCAGGGUGGAGCAAGUAUCAACCAAUGAAUUUGUUCCUCGUGAUGGUAUUCUUCUCACCAUUCAUGACAAAUCCAGUGACAAAGAGUCAGAUAAGGUUCUGGUUCAUCUGGGGAUGGGAAAAUCCAAGAAUGGAGACAAUAGUAGUCAGUCAGGUUCAUUUCACCAUUUGGAUAAAGAUGGUGUAGGGUCUCAAUCAGGAGAAGAAGGGAGUUCUGGCACAGUAACUGUUUAUAAACCCUCUUCUUCAUAUCCCAUUACUGCUCCUUCUCCUCUAGUUGGCCUGCCUGAAUUCUCUCACUUGGGCUGGGGUCACUGGUUUACGUUGAGGGAUCUUGAACUUGCCACUAACCGGUUUUCAAAGGAUAAUGUUCUUGGAGAGGGUGGAUAUGGCGUUGUUUAUCAGGGCCAUUUAAUCAAUGGGACGCCAGUGGCAGUUAAGAAGAUCCUCAACAAUGUGGGCCAAGCAGAGAAAGAAUUUAGAGUAGAAGUAGAAGCCAUUGGGCAUGUACGCCACAAGAAUUUGGUUCGUCUUUUGGGUUACUGCAUUGAAGGAACACACAGGAUGUUGGUUUAUGAAUAUGUCAACAAUGGAAACUUGGAACAAUGGCUUCAUGGAGCUAUGCGUCAGCAUGGAUAUCUUACCUGGGAGGCUCGCAUAAAGAUUCUCCUUGGCACAGCUAAGGCUCUUGCCUACUUGCAUGAGGCCAUUGAACCAAAGGUGGUGCACCGAGACAUAAAGUCCAGCAAUAUAUUGAUUGAUGAUGACUUCAAUGCCAAGGUUUCUGAUUUUGGUCUGGCCAAGCUGCUGGGUGCUGGGAAAAGUCAUGUCACAACCCGAGUUAUGGGAACAUUUGGAUAUGUGGCUCCAGAAUACGCAAAUACUGGCCUUUUGAAUGAAAAGAGUGAUGUCUACAGCUUUGGGGUUGUACUAUUGGAAGCAAUUACUGGUAGAGAUCCUGUAGAUUAUGGUCGUCCUUCCCAUGAGGUAAAUUUGGUAGAUUGGCUGAAAAUGAUGGUGGGAAGCAGGAGGUCAGAGGAAGUGGUAGACCCAAAUAUUGAGGUCAGACCAUCAACAAGAGCUCUAAAGCGUGCCCUUCUCACUGCUUUGAGAUGUGUUGAUCCGGAUUCUGAAAAAAGACCCAAGAUGGGCCAAGUGGUGCGAAUGCUCGAGUCUGAGGAGUAUCCCAUACCAAGAGAGGAUCGAAGGCACCGUAGGAAUCAUGGAAGUAGCUUGGAAAUAGAUUCACAAAGGGAUAAUUCUGACACUGAUCGUAGCGAUUUUCCAGCUUCCAGAUCAGAGAGCAAGCGGACGCAGUCUUAACAUAAACUGCAAACAGGCUGAGGAUGAACGGUGGAAUUCUUAAAAUUCUUUCAAACUGUUAAAAUUUCUUGGGUUUGUCUCCAUAUUAGUUGUCAAUAAGUAGGGCAUGGUGGUAAAGAGUGGGGAAGGGGACAAUGAUCGCUUAUUCUUUUGCUUUUUUUUUUGGCUUCUCCUUUUGUUUAAAUUCUUCAUAUAAUUUGUAGAUGGAAGAGAUGACUUGUUUGUGCAUGGAAAUUGGCGUUGUGAAGAACCGAAGAUUACUAGGGGUGUGUACAGAAUCGGGGAGCUCUUUUUUAAGUUUUAAUAUUGUUUUGAUGAAUUGCUCCCCACAUUCCUUCUUGAAGAAUGGAGGUGACAAGGUGGUCAUGAACUUUUUUAGAUUAUCUUUCUUUCUGCUUUCCCCCUCUUCACUUCCACCCCAUAUAUUUCUUCUAAAAAGAAGUUAGACUAAUAUGCAACACUCGACAGUCCAUGCAUUAAUGUAAGCUGCAUGGCCACAUUGAGUUGUCGUUUUGGUUUUACUAGCAGGUAUCAUAAAUUGGGGUUUGCUUCAAA